UCCCCUUCACAAAGAGCAUAACCAACCAAGAAAAAAACCAGGCCAAGGCCGGACCAUCGGAGCCGAGCUUGCCGUCGCAAACGAGCAAUGGCCGCCUCGACCUCCGUCGUCGCCGGCCUCCCUCAGAUUCGCCCUUCCAGAGGCGACCGAUUCUCGGCGUCGGGGCUCCACCCGCCGCCGUCGCUGUCGGCGUCCCGCUUGGCCGCCUCCGCCUCCUUGGCCCGCCCGAAUUCGCUCUGCCAAUCCAUCUACGCGUCCAAGAGAUGGCCAUUUGAUGUUGUACAUAGAUGUUCAACUUAUCAAAGAAAGAAUGAUACUUGGAGAAGGAGGUCUUCCGUGUUUAGUAGACGAGUCACCGAUCUACAUUUUACACAACUGCACAAUUGUAUUUCAUGUUCUCUUAGUCAGCGGAAAGGUCGCCUCAAUAGCCAAAGAUCUAUACCGAGAGCAUUCACAGACAAAUCUGCUUUUCACUUGUCUAAACUAUCCUCCAACAGUGCCUCACAUGUUUGUGUUCCUUGUGCAACUGUGGGUCCGGAGGAGCCGCAUGCCGCUAGUACAACAUGGCCAGAUGGUAUACUUGAGAAACAAGAUUUGGAUUUGCUGAAUUUUGAAAGUGAAAGAACAGAGUUAGAGGCAUUUUUGGGUUCCAAACUUCCACCUCACCCAAAGUUGUACCGAGGACAAUUGAAAAAUGGCCUCCGCUAUCUUAUUUUACCGAAUAAAGUUCCUCUGAAUAGGUUUGAAGCACACAUGGAAGUUCACGCAGGAUCCAUUGAUGAGGAAGAUGAUGAACAAGGAAUUGCACACAUGAUUGAACAUGUCGCAUUUCUUGGAAGUAAGAAGCGUGAAAAACUUCUUGGGACAGGGGCUCGAUCUAAUGCCUAUACUGAUUUUCAUCAUACAGUGUUUCACAUCCAUUCACCAACUAGUGCAAAGGACUCUGGUGAAGAUUUGCUUCCGUCUGUGUUGGAUGCUUUGAAUGAGAUAGCUUUCCACCCUAAAUUCCUUUCUUCAAGGGUCGAGAAAGAGCGUCGUGCUAUACUUUCGGAGUUACAGAUGAUGAAUACGAUAGAGUAUCGUGUUGAUUGUCAGUUGUUACAACAUCUUCAUUCCGAGAACAAGCUGAGCCAAAGGUUUCCAAUUGGAUUGGAAGAGCAGAUUAAGAAAUGGGAUGCUGACAAAAUUAGGAAGUUCCAUGAACGGUGGUACUUCCCCGCGAAUGCAACCUUGUACAUUGUUGGUGACAUUGAUAACAUCUCAAAGACAGUAUCGCAGAUAGAAGCCGUCUUUGGACAAACAGCUCUGGAAAGUGAGACACCACCUGCACCAACACCAAGUGCGUUUGGUGCAAUGGCUAGUUUUCUUGUACCAAAGCUCCCUGUUGGUCUCUCUGGAAGUUCAUCUCAUGAUAAACCAAGUACUUUAGAGCAGGCUAAGGUCACUAAAAAGGAAAGGCAUUCGAUUCGUCCUCCAGUGGAGCACAAUUGGUCACUUCCGGGAAACCUUACUGAUAUGAAGGCUCCGCAGAUAUUUCAGCAUGAGCUGCUCCAAAAUUUUUCAAUUAACAUGUUCUGUAAGAUUCCUGUGAGCAAAGUUCAGACAUAUGGCGACUUGCGAAAUGUUUUGAUGAAAAGGAUAUUUCUAUCUGCGCUGCAUUUUCGGAUUAACACUAGAUACAAGAGUUCUAAUCCACCCUUCACGUCAGUUGAACUGGAUCACAGUGAUUCUGGGAGAGAAGGAUGCACAGUCACCACUCUUACUGUGACUGCAGAACCCAAGAAUUGGCAGAGUGCCAUUACAGUUGCUGUUCAAGAGGUUCGACGGUUGAAGGAAUUUGGUGUCACGAAAGGUGAACUAACUCGAUAUAUGGAUGCACUAUUGAAAGAUAGUGAACAGCUGGCAGCAAUGAUUGAUAAUGUGUCAUCAGUAGACAAUUUGGAUUUUAUUAUGGAGAGUGAUGCAUUGGGCCAUACUGUAAUGGAUCAGAGGCAAGGGCAUGAGAGUCUGGUUGCUGUUGCUGGAACAGUUACGCUUGAAGAGGUCAAUGCUGUGGGUGCAAAGGUGCUAGAGUAUAUUGCUGAUUUUGGAAAGCCUACUGCACCUAAACCUGCGGCAAUUGUUGCAUGUGUCCCCAACAAAGUGCACAUAGACGGAGUCGGUGAAGCCGAAUUCAGAAUAUCACCAAGUGAGAUUAUUGAUGCUAUGAAAACUGGUAUGGAGCAACCUAUUGAACCUGAACCAGAGCUUGAGGUACCAAAAGAACUGAUUUCUUCAUCCCAGUUGCAGGAGUUGAAGGUGCAGAGAAAGCCAUCCUUUGUUCCUUUAACUCCACUUGCAGGCAUUUUGAAAAUCCAUGACAAAGAAACUGGGAUCACCCAGUGCCGUCUUUCCAAUGGUAUUCGUAUAAAUUACAAGAUUUCACAAAGUGAAUCCCGAGGAGGUGUGAUGCGACUCAUUGUUGGUGGUGGAAGAGCGGUUGAAAAUUCUGAUUCAAGAGGAGCAGUCAUUGUGGGUGUGCGGACUUUGAGCGAGGGAGGUCGUGUCGGCAACUUUUCAAGGGAGCAGGUGGAGCUUUUCUGUGUGAAUCACUUGAUAAAUUGCUCCUUGGAGUCAACAGAGGAAUUUAUCUCAAUGGAGUUCCGUUUUACUCUCAGAGACAAUGGCAUGCAAGGUGCUUUCCAGUUGCUUCAUAUGGUACUUGAGCACAGUGUCUGGCUGGAAGAUGCAUUUGAUAGAGCCAGACAACUAUAUUUAUCCUAUUAUCGGUCUAUCCCUAAAAGUUUAGAGCGCUCAACUGCUCACAAACUAAUGCUGGCCAUGCUGAAUGGAGAUGAGCGAUUUGUUGAGCCAACACCCAUGUCAUUACAAAAUUUGACCUUGGAAACUGUAAGAGAUGCAGUCAUGGAUCAGUUUGUCGGUGAUAACAUGGAGGUUAGUAUUGUUGGGGACUUCUCUGAGGAAGAGAUUGAGUCUUGUAUUCUUAAUUACCUUGGAACAGUCAGAUCAGCCAGAGAAUCUGGAAGAGAGAAGCAAUUUGAACCUGUACUGUUUCGGCCAUCUACAUCUGAUUUACAGUCCCAGCAAGUUUUCUUAAAGGAUACUGAUGAGAGAGCAUGUGCAUAUAUUGCUGGCCCAGCACCUAAUCGCUGGGGUUUCACUGUCGAAGGCAAAGACCUUUUUAAGUCGAUUACUGAAAUUUCAGUUGGCAGUGAUGCCCAAUCUCAUCCAGAGGAAGAAUCUGCAGACAAAGAUGUUGCUAACAAUAUGCAGAGGAAACUUAGGAGUCACCGGCUUUUCUUCGGCAUCACCAUGGGUCUAUUGGCCGAGAUAAUUAAUUCAAGGCUGUUCACAACUGUCAGAGAUUCCCUUGGAUUGACAUAUGAUGUAUCAUUUGAAUUAAACCUGUUUGAUAGGCUUGAGCUUGGAUGGUAUGUUAUCUCUGUAACAUCAACUCCGGCCAAGGUGCAUAAAGCCGUGGAUGCUUGCAAGAAUGUACUCAGAGGUUUACAUAGCAACAAGAUUGCCCAGAGGGAGUUGGAUAGGGCAAAACGGACCCUUUUAAUGAGACAUGAAGCGGAAAUCAAGUCCAAUGCCUAUUGGCUUGGAUUGUUGGCUCACUUGCAAGCUUCUUCUGUUUCAAGGAAGGACAUAUCAUGCAUCAAAGAUCUUACUUCACUAUAUGAAGCUGCGACUAUAGAAGACAUAUACCUUGCAUAUGAUCAAUUGAAAAUUGAUGAUAGUUCAUUGUACUCAUGCAUUGGGAUUGCCGGGGCACAGGCUGGGGAAGAAAUUAUUGCUUCAUUGGAAGAGGGAGAAUCUCAGGAAGAGUAUCCCGGAGUCAUUCCCAUGGGGCGUGGUUUAUCUACAAUGACACGACCGACGACAUGAUGACCUUGCGCCACACGUGUUCUUGUUGUGUACCAGUGCAUAUGGAAUUGACAGAUGAGCACAGCUGCCAGGAGGAAGAAAAGAUGAUAUCGAGAUGGGUUAAUUUGAAGGCGCAAUAGCCAAAAUUUUGCCCCUUGCUAGUGUUCAUAAAUGCCCUGUGCUCCCCAUUUGGACGUGGCUGAGUUUUAAGUGUAAAGCAACAUGCAAUAAGGUGGAUUUAGAUUAGUAUAUCUAGUUUUCUUCAAUCAUGUUGGUCCCUCACCAUUCUUAGCAGUUUUAUAGAAAAAGCUCGUAUUUGAUUUUGUCAGACGAUGUAUAAUUUAUAAACAAUAGGAAGAUCGUUCUGGCUGAGCAAUGCAAUUCUUUUUUCCUUUUUA